AUGGAGGAGGAAGCCAAGAAGCAAGCAACAGACAACGCCAUCCUUGAACAGAUACGAAAGAUGGUUGAAAUAGAGACUCCUCAAUCUUUAUUUGUGGAACAAGGAAAACAAUUUUUUGGAGCUAGGCUUCUAGAGAUUCAGGGAAACAUGAAGCUCAACGAAACGCAAUUGGCUUCUCUUACAAGUCAAAAAGCAGUAAAUGAGUAUCUAGAGACUCAAUGA